UUUGUUUACAAAGUUUUUGGUGUUUUCUCCUUUCUUUCCAGAACCCAUAUAUUCGAGUCGAUUCCUUAGCAAAAUGCCGAAGAGCAUUGCUAAAGAUAUCGACACAGAUAUGGGUUUGGGCAUAUUUGAUGGAUCAGGUAAAGAUCGAUUGAAAUGGACAGAGGAAUUGCAUGAUUUGUUUGAGAAGGCGGUUAAUCGACUUGGUGGUCCUGACCGGGCCAAACCAAGAGGGAUACUGAAGACUAUGGGGACUUCAGGACUGACCAUCUACCAUGUCAAAAGCCACUUGCAGAAAUAUCGGAUGACAAAGUUUAUUCCAGAAUCCUCCAAUAGAAGCAAGUAUGAGAGGAGAAGUAAUUCUGAAAUAAUGCCCAACUUCAGCCUAACAUCAUGUUCUCAGCUUAAUGAAGCGUUGAAAAUCCACAAGGAAACAGAAAUGGGAUUGAGUGAUCGACUUGAGGUUCAAAGGAGCUUGAAACUUAAGAUCGAAGCCCAAAGAAGAUACUUCGAGAGAAUCACAGAGGAUUUCAAAAACCGAGUGAACAUUGCAAAAUCCAACAACAAGGCCUUUUCCCCGGUAUCACUACAUUCCUUUUGUGAGGAUUUGGAUUCAAAUCCCAAGGAAUCCGAAUCGGAUUCAGAAAUUGAAAAAAUACAAUCUUAAGAAGAAUCCCAAUCUCCAAAAAGGCCAAGGACAAAGGAAAAUGAUUUGCUGGAAAAAUAUAUGGUUGCAUCACUUGAUUCAAAGUAUCACAAUCAGAAAUUGUUCUAUUCACGCAUGGAGUGUGACAGCCUUGAAUUCACCUUUGGUUCCAUCUGUAUAUAGCUCUUGCAAUUAGCCCAUUUAGUUUGGCUAAAUAAAAUCCCAAAGUUAUUUGGGAAUUAAGGUGGAAAUAAUUGGUAUUUUUCUUUGUAACAGUCUCUCCGUUUUUGUGAUCAAGAAAAAACUUGCGAUUGAGUUUCAAAAUUAAUUCUCAAGAUGAGUACGUAGUUUGCUCUGUAA